AUGAAAAAGGAAUACCGACUACCAAACCACCCAAAAGAAUACGAAGUACGAAUACCCUUGAAACCAGGAUUCAAGGUACCCUCAGUCAAACAACAUCGCAAAUCACGAGACGAACUAGAGAUGGAAGACAAAUUCAUUGAGGAAUUUCUCGCCACAGGAUACAUCCGCGAAGGACGAGGAUCAGCCUCAGCAAGACCAUUAUUUGUGCCAAAGAAAGAUGGAACCAAAGCACUUAACAACGGAACUGAAGAUGACGCAAACAAGGCACCACAUCAGGAGCAGAAAUGA